AUGCGUUUAUUAAAAAGUUCAAGUCAUGGAAGACCACAGGCGCAAAUCAAAAUCGAGGAAGCUGAUGUCAAACCGGAUGUUGAAAAAUUAUUGAAACAACAAAUGCAAGUUGUUCCAUUGGCCGAGGAGGAAAAACCACUUUUGAUUGAACCACCACUGGAAAUGCCAGGGAAACAAACUUCCGAGCAAGCAAAACCCGACACACUUCUUCCAACAAUCGAUGAAUGCAAGCAAGCAUUAGCAACAACCGAAGAAAUUAUUGAUGAUCGUGAAUCCGUUCGAACUUUUGACGAUGAUGGAACUCAUCGUUGGUGUUAUGUUUGUAAUGAUUAUAAGGAAGAUAGAGCUGAAGAAGAAAAAGAAAUUUGCACAACUUGCCCAAGAGUCUUCCACAAAUCGUGCUCAAUUCCACAAAUCGCCUGGAGUGAAGAGUAAAUUCUGAAAUUUAUUAUCGAAAAUCUCACGCGCUCCACCGAAAUAAACACGCAACGCAGACCGCGUCGCGCCACAACACAAGGGAACGAUUCAAAUUCCCUCCCUUGUGGUUGUGGCGCGACGCGGUCUGCGUUGCGUGUUUAUUUCGGUGGAGCGCGUGAGAUUUUCGAUAAUAGUUCUAUGAAAACCAUACAUAUUUCAGGGAGAAUUGGCAAUGCGUUUUCUGCAAAACUGCGCCGAUCAAAACCGAAGACGAAUCAAAAAUGACUCCUCGAAACAGAUUCCUUUGUCAAACUGUGUUGAUGAAAUGUUUUGGCACCAGAAGAGCAUUUUAUCUCAUGAGCUCUUAUGCUGUAAGUUUUCACAAAAAUACAUAUAUUAUCGAAAAUCUCAUCGUUUCCACGCGCUCCACCGAAAUAAACACGCAACGCAGACCGCGCCGCGCCACAACACACAAAAAAGGGAGGGAAUUUGAAUAGUUCCCUUAUUUGUGUGUGUUGUGGUGCGGCGCGGUUUGCGUUGCGUGUUUAUUUCGGUGGAGCGCGAUGAGAUUUUCGAUAAUAUUUUGAAUAAAAAAUGUUGUUUUUGUUUAGGAUCCUGAAAAAACUUUGGAAGUCGUCGGUCAUCGUUUAGAAGAAGAUCAUCCGAUGUCAUUCAAAAUCGUUGAUGAAUUCAUCGAAGCACUCAACAAUGUUCUAAUCAAUGCGUCGAUUUAUAAUUCGGCAGCGUCGGAGAAGGGUAAAGCAACUCGAAAAGUUUGGAUGUUGUAUCGAAAAGCGGUCAAGGAUUAUUUACCCGAAUUUGUUGGAGUUGUUUGGAUUUAUAUUUCACUUUAUGGUUGUUCGUUGAAAAAGAGAGUGAGUUAGAAGAAAAAUGUACAUUUUAAUAUUGAUCAUAGUUUUUCCUUUUCAGAGAUCUUCAAAAACAUCGGUUUUCGAUGAAGGAAUUAAAAGGAGAAGAUCAACAUGA